AUGGUUUCCAUCAGGUCAGGCACUCAUCAGGUUAUCUCCCAGCUCAGCCUCUCUGCGGGGGUCCGAGGAGGCUUAUCUGCUUUGUGUUCCUCAGAGAUCUCUGUUGGCCAUCCACCACUGACCCAUCAGUCCACAGCAGACUGCAGCAGUGACGACAUUCUGCCAAGAAAACUCAACGGCUCCUCACUGGAGAUACCGAGCCACCAGAACCUGCACCGGGAGCUGCUGCUCAGCCAUAAACGGGGCCUGCUGCUGGAGGAGAAGCCGGAGCUGAAACGAGUGUUGGAGCAGCGCAGACUGGAGCUGCACAAGGAGGCGGAGAUGGCACAGCGGCAGCCCUCAGAUCUGGAGAUGGAGCUCCGCAAGAGGCAGCAGAAGCUGCAAGAGUAUGAGCAGGAGGAGAUCAGGCGGAGGGAGAACCAGCAGAAGAUCCCAGAGUUUGUUCGUGUGAAGGACAACCUGAGACGCACACAGAUGUCUGAGCAGUGAGGCCCGAGGCUCCCAUCAGCCCCUGCAGCAUCUCACCACGGUGGCCCUGUAUUAAGUUCACUGUCUCUUCAGAUACUGUAUAAGGAAUCAUGCACACCAGAAAACACAUGAUCCAUAUUUAGAAAUGUCUUCUUAAAACUUUGUUUUGUUUCUGAUGAGGGAGUGCUCCUUUUUAUUCAUAACUAUGUGGAGAACUACUGGUUCAGGGAGAGAGGUACUG